AGGCUAAAGAAGACUACUUCCGAAACAGAUCUUACAUCAUACCUACCUUGCUUGGUGAUGCCGCAACCAGUCACGGCCAUCAUCAAACUCGACAUUUAUGGCUAAAUAAAAGCAGAAACCGAUUGUGGCGUUUUUUUCUGCAUUUUAUCCCAUCUUCUAUCUCUCUCGACCAUCCCCGGCAGAACCGUAAAAAUACAACAACCACAAGACUACUUUUCCCUCACUACUGCUUGGUAAGGUCACGACCAAUUGCUUCUUCUUGAUUGAUCAUGCUUGGGGGGUCUUAUCGCGGAGUGCAUAUCAUCAUGCUGAAGGCGCUCGCAGCUAGAACUCCGCCACAGUCCUAGAUCGCAAGCGACGAACCCCAUCAAUCUCAUAAUAAACCGAAGAUCGCUGCUGGAGCUGGAGGCUGUGCCGCCUCUCUGGUGAAACUUUCCGAACACUCGUUCGCGAUCGGAGCUUUUUUGCGCUGUCGAUCCGAGCCCAAAACGAUCGGAGCCCGCGCUGUGCGCUUGGUUGGGGCUCCCUGGAUGGUGCAGCGGACUACCGGAGUGUACAUAUUUUCCCGCAACCCAGCGGUUGGAUUUAGUCUGUUGUGAGCUUUCGAACGGUGCGGAUCAUCUCUCUUGGCCUUUGGGGAUCCAGUCGUGGCUGGACCUGGGCCGUUGUCGUUGUCUCAGCAUAUUUGUGAAGUGAGCAAAAGGAGUAGUGUGUUGGACAGUGGGGGGCGCGCGGAAAGGAAGAAAUUCAAACGGGACUUGAAGGCCCCAAGGAAGGUCUUCUAUGUAAAUGAUUUUCAAUCGCUAGGUGCCCGGACGGACGAUUGGAGGCAAACUAGUGCGUGACAAAUCGUGACACAGACAAGAUCUGCGGGGAAAAAGGUUCCAUUUGAGCACGGUUGGGGUGUGUGGAUUGGUGCUAUUUAGUGCUCUAUGACCAGAAGGGUCAACGAUUGCGCGGGCAUUCGAUCGAAAGUUUGUGUAGAAGUCCAAGUUGGACACGGAGUCGCCAUCGGUGGUGCAGUGCAGUGAAGUGAAGAAGGAAAGAAGAACUGGAGUAGGACGGAGCAGCUCAAAACCGUUAAGAUGCUGUCCGGACGAGGGUUUACCGUCGUGGCUGGAGCACUUGCGAUAUGUAGCAUUGUAUCUAGCGUGGACGCCCUCCAAGGAUAUUACGGUACAAAAAUAGGUGAUCUUACGCAGCUACAUCACGGAGUUUCGGGCUCGGUGUAUGCAGUCGAUGCUCGAACGCUUUUUCUGAAGAACUUCAACUACGACGGAGAAGGUCCAGCUGCGUACUUCUACGUGGGCAACACCCGGGCUCCCAGCAACAAGGGGGCUCACCGUCUGCGGGAUGAACGGGGUCGUUCCGGCGUGCUGAGAAAGUACCGCAACGAAGACAUCACGCUGUCGCUGCCGGAGGGCAAAACCCUGCGGGACAUCCGGUGGUUCUCGAUUUGGUGCGACGAUUUCAGUGUCAACUUCGGGGAUGUCGUCAUUCGGAACGAUUUGGACUUUCCGAGGCCAACCAAAAUCGGACAGCUAGGUGGAGUGCACGACGUCAGCUCGGACAAUAUCGUGAUCGUCGAUGCGCAGACGCUGCUGAUUCCGAACUUCAACUACGAUGGAGAAGCGCCAGACGCAAAAUUCUGGGUUGGCCGCGGAGCAAAACCUACAUCGCAGGGCAUUCGCAUCCCGGACGAGAACGGCAAAGAAACUCCACUCCGACGAUAUGAUAAAAAGACCAUCGUCCUGACCCUGCCCGGUGAUCUGACCGUGUUCGACAUCGGACACUUUGGCGUGUGGUGCGAAGCCUUCACCGUUGACUUCGGACAUGUCCGCAUCCCGGACCAGAUCAAUGUGCCGCCGUCGCUGAAGAUGCUGGGCAUCAGCCCCCAGUCCAAACUGAACUGCGAAGUGCUGCUGGAUGACCUGGCGUUCGAGGUGCGAUGGGCCGUCGCCGGCGAGAGCAUCGUCAUCCAACUGGUAGCCAAAUUAGAGGAUGGAGAGUACAUGUCGUUCGGCGUGUCUCCGGAUCAUUCCCGAAGCGUGAUGGUGGGGGCUGAUGUGGCAGUCGUGUGGGUUGACAAGGCUACCGGAAAGGGAUACGCUCAAGACUACUACCUGGAUGCCAAGUCCCAGUGCUCCGGAGCCCGUGGAAGCUGUCCGGAUACAAGGAUCAACGAGAACAGUAGCUCAAUACGCCUUUUGAACGCUGCUAUGGUGAAUGGUUACUCGAUCGUAACCUAUCAGCGACCUUUGAGAGCUUCAGAUCAUCUAGAUCUUCCAAUUUUCACCAACGGUUCGCAAGCAAUAGUUUGGGCCAUCGGACCGCUGAAUCAACGGUAUGAGGUGUCAUUCCAUUCGCAGUACCUAAAGGAUACCAAACAAGUGGACUUUGGUCGCCAACCCUACUGGAACUGUCCUACACCGGAAUCGGACCAACAGAAGCAACACGAGAGCCCGCAGAAACUGCAAAGUCUGGAGCCGAAUCGUCGAGUGGAUUCCAUGAAACGACCGAACGCACCAGCAACUGCUCGUCCGCCGGCAAAGGCUGGUGCCUGGGAGAUUCCUCCAAUUCAGUGCUACGAACCCGAGGAUGGGGUAUUCUAUGCCCAAGUUGGUCCUACCGGAGGCAAGCAAGGGUACCCAGCGAUCACCGGACAUGUCGGUUGGGGAAUCUCGUGGUACAUAAAUGGACUUUUGAUUCCGGAGAUUAACGUAGUUCGUGGUAAAACGUACACUUUUGUGACCGAAGGAGGAGACGAUUCGGAAACUCCUGCCAAGUAUCACCCAUUCUACAUCACUGACGAUCCUGUUGGAGGCUAUGAACAUCAGGAUGAGGAAGCUAGAAAGAACAUCCGCAUCUUUGCCGGAGUCCAUCAGAAUCGCAAUGGUAAAUUGGUGCCAACUGGUGUCGGUCGUAUCUGUAACUGGACCCCGAACCCUGAUGGCCCACCAGCUGAUUCGUAUCCAUCGUUUGGAGCUUACCAGAGAAGUCUCACCUUGAAAUGUGACCCCGGUGAGCCUGGAAUCAUUACCUGGACGCCUGACGCAGAUACACCGGACACCGUCUACUAUCAGUGCUUCACCCAUCGCUACCUGGGAUGGCGUAUCAAUGUUCAUGAUGCGUGUGAUGUAGCUGCCCCGAGUGAAAUCGACGAGGUGUACGUUGACCCAAACGAAGAAGGAAUAAACGCCGAACCAUCCAUCAGACACGAAUCCAAAUUGCUUCCGUCGGACACAUUCCUGGAACAGCAUGAGAACUUCGUUCAGAAGAACGAUAAGGAUUUGAUCAAAAAUCAUAAGAUGACUCCUGAUCAAUCAACGGAAACCUUGAAGCUGGAUCUGGAAAAUGAUCCAGAAAUGUCCAAAAUCAUCGAAGAAGGUAUUCGAGCUGCUGAAGAUCUUGAAGAGAAAUUGAAGAGCAAUCAAACCUACGGAAACUUCACAUCCAAUGAUCACACACCGCUAUCUCUGGCGGAAGCCAUGCACCAUGGGAAGCCAAUUUUGAGCUCUUCUGGUCUACCGGUCUAUCUCCGUCCUCCAAACAGUGGUCCGAUGUUCCGACCUGUAAAACUACCGAUGAGGCGACCAAUCGCCGUAGAAAGACGUCCAAUCAAUGGACGCCCGUCACGCCCCUACAACAUUCCACAACCUUCCAUGAUCAUCAGUCACUACCAGAAACCGGUCAGCCCUCUGAUGCGACCAUUCAUGCCCAAAAGCAAGAUCCCUAUGAAAGCCAUCGCACCAAUUCUACUCCUCGGGGAACCAACCGAAAUUAAGCCGUUCCGCAAAGUACCACCACCACCACCUCCACCUCCGCAAUCUCUGGUUCAUCAACCAAUGGAAAUGAUGCUAGUGAAACCUAUGAAAACUGUGCCCUACAUGGUGCCCGACGUAUCCCCACAUCUUACCAUGAGUCUCAAAAAGAUCGAACCAGCUCCGAUCACACUCCCCAUCCGUCUGACCAAGCGACCGGUCAUGGUUGAACCUCAGAACGUGAAACCCAUCUUCAAAGCUCCGUAUGACAUCCAUGAGAACAGAACCCCCGUUGAAACACAGUCCAGCAUUGGUUUUGAACCAAGCUCUGUAGUUGUGGAAAGUGGGUUUAAGCCAAUCUACCGUCGCAAUGGUAUGAUGAAUGCAGAGUACGAUGACCAACUACGCCAUCAUGGAGAUAUGAUUCAACGUCGACAGGACUACGACAUUGAUGAAGCGAUUGAGAGUGAUGCCCUGAUGAUCGGCAGUGGUGAGCCACAGCGACAGGCCUUCGAACCGAUGUUCAUUCCGUCGCCUCUGGACAGUAUGGCUAUGGCACAUAAAUCAACCGAAGUUGCUGAUCGCAAGGACGGCGUUGAACGAUUAACUGGUGACCUGAAGGAAAUGAAAGUCGAGGAAGGAGAGGAUAAGAUGGCAAUGCCUGACGACCGAGUAGAUUCGUACUACCUUCCACCAGAUACACAGAACGUUGUUAAAGUCUACCCGGAAGGUUCCGUUGUUUCUUACGACGGUAAAGCCGUACUUGAUGUAUCUUUGUUGAACUCUCCCAGCAAUGUCCGACACGAAGCUGUCAAAUCCGUCUCCAAAACUGAACAGUUCAUCCGAGAUACUCCUCAGUUUGGACCAUUCCGUGGAGAAAUCCCUCCCAUCUCUGAUUACGUUGCACCAGACUCGCAUCCAAUCUACGGACUUCGUGGAUCAAAUUCAGUGCAACCGCCAGUUUCUGAGUACGCCAACCCGCUAGUUCCCGGUGGUAUCAAUGCACAUGAUAACAAAGAUCUCAGUGUAAAGCCCAUCUCCACAAAACUAUCGAUUAUCAAGCCAGUCGAAGAACAGCCGGAAGAAUCCCGAAAAAAGCGAGAAGCUCACCAUCAUCCGGACCACCACGGAGACAGCCAUGAUGACGGCUGGGAAGAACAGCGCAAGGGUGCCAGUAGUGCGUCAACCGCUAUGACUGCAACACUUUCUUUCGUGCUCUCUACGCUGGUGCUUCUCCGAAGAGCGUUGUAAACUCCCACCAACAUAACGCUCAGUGCCUCCUUGCUGAAUACUUUGUUUUGGGUUAAGUAUUGUUAGUUAAGUUUUAUUUAAAUCGAACACACUUGAGAGAAAGUGAACUACAAAAUUGUGCUAGAAAUUUUACACACACAAUCUGUAAAUAACAAUAAAGAUGCCGUUCGAUGG